GACUGUUUCUUUGUUCAAGUAGAACAGCGAGAGAGACCAGAGUUGUGGGGGAAGCCAGUAGUACUUGCGUCGCAUGAUAGGGAAGGAGCACCAGGAAGGGUCGGAGUAGUAAGUUAUGAAGCAAGAAAUCUUGGUGUAAAACGAAAGAUGACGAUAGCACAAGCAAAAGCGAUAUGCCCUGAUUUGAAUGUAGAUGCCAGUGCUGAGAUAUUUGACGUAUUCAACAAUUUCGAUGAACGAAUCGUUGUCGAACGUGCUUCAAUUGACGAAGCAUUUUUGGAUAUGACGGAGUUGGUGAAUCAAACAAUCUUGGAAUUUGGUGCAGCUCAGCUUUUGCAAAAUGUGAGUUCAAGGUGUCACUUUGGUAGUAAUUCCAUGGAGCCGCUAGAGUUUACUCGCAAAUCUGACAAAAACAUCUUACGCCUUGCUGUAGCUGCCGAAUUUGUAGAGCGAUUGCGUGCCAGGAUACUUGAACGCACACAGUUCCACUGUUCGGGAGGAAUCGGAACAAACAAGGAAAACCCGCUUCAGAUGUUAGCCAAACUGAUUUGUGCUCGACAUAAGCCUCGAAGUCAAACUAUCAUUCCGUUUGAUUACGUGCCAGUCAUCUUCAGCCAAACACCAGUUGGUGAUGUACGUAUGUUGGGAGGGAAGUUGGGUCAAACAAUACAAAACUUACUGCGAGUAAAGGUAGAACUUCUUUUCAUUUCACUCAUUUCUGAAUUUCUCCUCCUUCCACAGACUAUGGGAGACCUGGCUGCGGUAGCUUUUAACUUUAUUGAAAAGCAUUUUGGAAAGAAAGCACAGUGGAUUUGCCAGCUGGCAAAAGGAAUUGACGAUGAGCCUGUAAAACGGCGAGACAACCAGCUCUCCAUUGGUGUUAGCAAGAGUUUUGUGGGCAACAAUGCGCUGACCACGGUUGUUGAAGUGCGCAGGUCUAUUGAUGAGUUAUGCAAAGAGUUAUGUGAAAGGCUUGUAGCUGACCAAGUUAAGAACAAAAGAACUGCAGAAAACGUAAUUUUUGGUAUAAUCAAUGAUUCAAGUGUACAUUCGUCAAAGACAAUAAAAAUCACAUCCUACAAUCCGCAAGCGGUCGCAGAUGCUGUAUGGAGAGCAGCCAAAACUUUCAACAAAGCUUCUGUUGGAAGCGACCAAUGGUAAGU